UCAUCCAAAGCAGGAGAUGGGGGAGUGAGCCUGCCAUUGUGACUUCCUCCCACAGUUCAGAGUCUUGUUCUUAAGAGACUCAUCAUGCUCUGGAGUUCUCUUGACCUCUGAUGAGGUACAUGGUACCUUUGGGUCCCAAGGCAUUUCCACAUGGAAGUGGGGGCUCUCAGUCUCUUGGACCAAAGACUCAUUUGUGUCCAGAAUGUCUUUCUUCAACAGACGAGGCAAAUUGCAAGCUCUGCCAAUCCAAGUCGGAAAUGGAGAAGGAUGAAGGCUAAAGUCUUUGAGACAGAAAGGAAGAAAAGUUGUCCCCAAAUAGCCACAUGCUCUUCAUAAGAUGUGAACUUCAGUGAACUUCAGUGAAGAUGUGAACUAAGGAACUUCAGUGAUGUCAAGAGACAUCAGUUGUGACAAUGCCAGAGGUGGAGAGCAAUUCGAUGAAGGAUCUGACAGGCAUGUGGGAUUUUAGCUCCCUGACCAGGGAUUGAACCAGAAUUGACCAGGGAUGUGUCUCCGCAUUAGACGAUGAACUAUUAACCAGUGGACCACCACAGAAGUCCUGGGGCUGCAUGAACUGCCGGCCAGAACGGUGUCUGGGUUACAUCUGCCAGCCUGGGACGUGUGUACCUUUUCUCCCUGUGUCUACCACCUACCACCCAACCAGCAGAAUCUUCAGCUCCAUGGGUUCCUGCAGUUUGUACUGUGAAAGUGUCUUCAAUAGCAAUGAGAAGGAGACCCUGCAGUUCCUGAACAACCGCCUGGCUGCCUACCUGGAGAGGGUGAGGCAGCUGGAGCGGGAGAAUGUGGAGCUGGAGAGAAGACUCCAAGAGGCUUUUGACUUUCAAGAGCCCACCUUAGGUCCUAACUACCUGUGUUGUUUCAAGAUCAUUGAGGAGCUCCAGCAGAAGAUUCUGUACUCAAAGGCAGAGAACGCCAGGAUAGUCGUGCAAAUUGACAACACCAAGCUGGCUGCAGAUGACUUUAGGAGCAAGUAUGAGACGGAGCUGGGUUUGCGACAGCUGGUGGAGGCUGACACCAAUGGCCUGCGCCGGAUCCUGGAUGAGCUGACCCUGUGCAAGGCCGACCUGGAGAUGCAGGUGGAGUCCCUGAAGGAGGAGCUGAUGUGUCUCAAGAAGAACCAUGAAGAGGAAGUUGGUGCUCUCCGAUGCCAGCUUGGGGACCGCCUUAACAUUGAGGUUGAUACUGUGUCCCCAGUGGACUUGAACACGGUGCUGGAAGAGAUGCGAUGUCGGUAUGAGGCUCUGGUGGAGACCAAUCGCAGGGAUGUGGAGGAAUGGUUCACCAGGCAGAUGGAAGAGCUUAACCAGCAGGUGGUCACGAGCUCUGAGCAGCUUCAGAGCUACCAGUCAGAUAUCAUUGAUCUGAGACGAAUGGUCAACACGCUGGAGAUCGAGCUGCAGACCCAGCACAGCCUGAGAGACUCCCUGGAGAACACUCUGGCAGAGACAGAGGCCCGUUACAGCUCCCAGCUGGCCCAGAUGCAGGGCCUGGUCACCAACGUAGAGUCCCAACUGGCGGAGAUCCGCUGUGACCUGGAGCGGCAGAAUCAGGAGUACCAGGUGCUGCUGGACGUGCGGGCCCGGCUGGAGGCGGAGAUCAACACGUACCGGGGACUGCUGGAGAGCGAGGACUGCAAGUUGCCGUGUAACCCAUGCUCCACUCCCUCCCAGCCCCCUUGUGCCCACUCCCCCAGUGUGCCCCGGACCCUCUGCGUGCCCCGCACCGUCUGUGUGCCUUGUGUGCCCUGCCACCCAGGCUGCCACUGAAAUCCCUCAGCGAUGCUGGAUCCUGAGGGAUGCGAACUCGGUGGCUGGUGCUUCCUGAGGCUGCGCCUGACUGCAGUUCAGAGGCCACAAAAAGAGCAGGGCCAGCCCCUGGGGGCAAGGAAGGCCACUAGCAGUUCCAGGAAGUGAGCCGUCAGCAACUGCGCCCUGAUACUGCAGGGGGCGCCCUAGCUCCCGCCUCUUAGAAAUGGCUGCUCUUAUUUCUACGGGUAAAUGGCUCUCUUUGCGGGUGUUUCUGGCGCUCCGUGCUGCACUUUGGAGCAUUGUUCUUAGUUAACUAGUAAAUAAAGCCUCAUCCAGUGUCCUG